AUGCGGCGGAUGACGGUGCAGUCUUUUAGCAUCACUUCUCCCGACUCAGCGGAAGCCAGCAUGGCCUUCCAGCAGGCUGCACCAAACCACUGCUCCCAGAGAAGCAGGCAGCCUGGUGCAGCCUUCCAAAGGCUGACCAGCCGGCCUCCACCGCCUCCAGAAAUGCGGGCAGCUGGGUGUGACCUGCCAGUAUGGCAAAGAGUCGUGCCUAUUAAUUCAGUGAGAGAGGAGGAUAGGCGGAUGCCUCAAGGACAGCUGUCUAACAGCUCUGAAACUCUUGAGUUCCACGUGGCCAAGAAAAAGAGCCUUGUGAAACAGUUUAGGGCAACAAUGAGGAAGUUAUUCCCUUUCUAUCAAAGGGCAAGGAAGAAGGCCAAGCUCCAUGCUGAUGAUGGCUCUCCCAAACCAGUGAUGUCUAAGACGACUUCUGUUCCCCCCAAGUAUCAUGCCUUUCCAAGGGCUAUUCGGACCUUACCUUCUCCAAAAGUAUUUCCAGCACUGAAAAGGAAGAAGCUUUUACGGAACGCAUCAAUUCAGCUGGAUGUGAACAUUGUGGAAGAACAUGCACAAAGUAUGCAGGGGACAAACAUGGUUGUGCAAGCAAGACGGAUGACACGCCGCAUCUCAGUGGUGUCGCUGCCACCUGGGAUCCGAAAGGUUUCCUAUUUGGCAAAAAAGAAAAACUUCUCAGUGUUCAAAAAGAAGAAAAGAAGUAUGCCACCAGUGUGGUACCAUUCAGACACAACACUAGGGAAGCUUCAAAUGCAGGUGGAUAAUCUCUUGGAUAACAUCAGUGAAAAAUCCAUCCAGCUACUGGCUCUGAGAAGUGCAGAGCUGCAGCAGUGCGAGUUUUUGGGAGACAGGAUACUGCAGUCCUCUAAGCAGUUCCAAAGGGUUUCCUUAAGAACCACAAAGAAGCGCAAACUGAAAAACAUGUGUUUUCCAUGUAGAUGCUGCUGCUAA